CCAGUCGCGAGUCGCGACGCUGCGUCCGUCGAAAAGGAAAAAAAGGUCCGAAUUCCGCCAUGGCCGGCAACAAGUUCUCGUCGUAUCACCUCGCCGCCGCACUCCGGCGCGAGCCCGACCCCGCGGCGGCGCUCCGCCUCUUCCUCAACCCGUCGAGCGCCGCCGCCUCCCCUAUUCCCACCCCGUUCCGCUACUCCCUUCGCUGCUACGACCUCAUCAUCUCCAAGGUCGCCGCCGCGCGCCUCUUUCCGGCCAUGGAGUCCCUCCUCUCCAGUCUCCGCACCUCCUCCCUCAGCCCCCGCGAGCCUCUCUUAUGCUGCGUAAUCUCCGCCUACGGCCGCGCCCGCCUACCGGCCGCCGCCCGCCGCGCCUUCGCCCACCCAGCAUUCCCCGCUCCCCGCACCUCCCGCGCCCUCAACACUCUCCUCCACGCCCUCCUCGUGUGCCACACUCCGCUCGACGAACUUUUCUCCGUUUGCCGCGAUGCGGACGUCUCCCCGGACGCGUGCACCUACAACAUCCUCAUGCGCGCGGCGGCAGCGUCUGGCUCCGUGGAUCACGCUCGCCUCCUGUUCGACGAAAUGGUACAGCGACGGAUCGCCCCGACUGUUGUCACGUUUGGCACCCUCGUCGCUGCGUUUUGCAGUUCUGGUCGGCUUGACGAGGCAUUUGACUUGAAGGAGGCGAUGGCUAGACAGUACAACGUGAGGCCAAAUGCUCAUGUUUAUGCGAGUCUGAUGAAGGGGCUCUGUCAGAGCGGUGAUGCGGACAAUGCGGUGAGGCUCAAGGAGGAGAUGGCGGGGAACGCAGAGCUUGGGCUAGAUUCAGCCAUUUAUGCGACGCUGGUAAGAGCACUGUUCCGGGUAGGGCGGAAAGGUGAGGUGGUUGGCUUGCUGGAAGAGAUGAAGGGCAGGGGAAUUGCGGUUGAUAGAGUGGUGCACAAUGCAAUGAUUGCAGGUUUCUGUGAGGAUGAGAUGGAUUUGGAUGCUGCAUUUGUAGUGCUGGAUGAUAUGCAGAAGAGUGGGUGUAAGGCAGAUACGGUGAGUUAUAAUACUUUGGUUGCUGGGUUGUGCAAAUUGGGGCGGUGGCGGGAUGCAAAUGAGUUGGUUGAGGAUAUGCCAAGAAGGGGCUGCUCCCCGGAUGUGGUAACCUACAGGAUGCUCUUUGAUGGGAUGUGUGCUGUUGGGGAGUUUCAUGAGGCAAAUCAGGUUUUGGAUGAGAUGGUUUUUAAGGGGUUUGCACCAAGCAAGGAUGGUGUGAAGAGGUUUGUCCAGGGAAUUGAGAUAGAAGGGGAUGUAGUGUUGCUCGAGUCAGCGCUGUGCCGUCUGGCAAAGGUGAAUGCUUUGGAAUCAAGUGGAUGGGAGAAGGCUGUCGGUGGUGUGCUGCAUGAACCUGCAGAGCUAAUGUUAGAUAAACAGCUGAAUUCUGUAAGGUUGGUUGAUUAGAUGUCUGUAUACUUUGAUCAAUCCAGCUGUAGUUGUGAAACAAUUUAUGCAAAAAAACAAUUGUCUACCACUA